GGAAGUGACGAUAGGGCGGCCUUUUCCUUCAGGUUCCAUUUUCCAAAGAACGUUGGCGCGCGGCUGCCUGUUUCGGGGUGGUGUCCUAACCUCUCGCGCAUCAUGACGGACCGUUACACGAUUCACAGCCAGUUGGAGCACCUGCAGUCCAAAUACAUCGGGACCGGCCAUGCCGACACCACCAAGUGGGAGUGGUUGGUGAACCAGCACCGGGACUCCUAUUGCUCCUACAUGGGCCAUUUCGACCUGCUCAACUACUUCGCCGUCGCCGAGAACGAAAGCAAGGCCCGCGUCCGCUUCAAUCUCAUGGAAAAGAUGCUGCAACCCUGCGGGCCGCCCGCCGACAAGCCCGACGAGUCUUAAGCUUUGCAGCCCUGCAGCCCUCCCCGAACGAGGAAGGAGGAAGGAGCGCCUUUGCUAUCCUGCGGAACCUCUCCCCUUCUGCACCCUUGGAUUCUGCACCGCCUCCUUCAAGCCAUCCGUGACUUGUGCUUGUUGACUUGCGCGGUUAAUAUUGAUUCCGACGUGUUCCGUACACCUACGUGGCGGGGAGGGCCGUCUUCUGAACUUCCGCCCUCUGUAGCCUGUAUAUUUGGGACUUGGGACAGACGGAGCGGAGUGGAGCGAGGUCCGAUGGUUUCGCUUCUGGCUGCGGCGUCCUGCGCUUAGACAGACGGGCACGGGGUGGCUUGCUUUGAAGACUUGUGAAUGGCGCCUUUUUUCUUCAUUCCCCAUUUUGGAGUGUUUGGGAGGCAUUUUCACAAUUCGAUUUAAUAAAAGAUUGUGCUUUUUUAAAAAAAAA